AUGAAGUCCUUAUCACCAGCACUCGCGUCUCUCGCGAAUGUCUUCAAGAUUCCCAUGUCAAUGGCGCCGGUCCGCCCCUCAAUUUCCCGGGUGUGCCACGAGACCCUGAACCGCCAAACACAACAGCCCGGUCCAGUGACAGCAGCCCUACAAUCAGCGCCAUUCUCGACGACCAGCGCAAUGGCCGCAAGAAAGAGCACUGGCCCUGUAGUUGACAAGCGCAUUACUCUGAUCCGCUACUUCCUCCACCACCCUCUCACCCCCCGUCCCCUCCGCUUCUCCCGCAACCGUUACCUCCGCCACUGGACCAUCCACCGUGCCUGGCAAUUGUUCCAGGCCCAGCAGCGCCGCAAGCACGAACUUGAGAUGAUGCGCCAGUACCAGAGCAUGCAGGAUGCGUGUGAGGAGCUGCGCACUGGUGCGGGCGAUGGAGGAAAGCUGUUCCGUGUCUCGAUGAACAAGAAGGGUAUCUUCACUGAUAUGUUCCCUAUCGAGUAUGCUCGUAUGCAGACUGAGUCCCCUCCUUCUGAUGGAUGGAACCAUGAUUGGAAGAAGCCUGGUCAGAAAUAG